AUGGCGCAUUCAAAGCGCAACACCUCCCUGCCGCACUUUACUGCAUACGAACGCAGCCUCCUCCGCGACAGCUGGGGCUCAAAACGCAGCGUAAUCGGCCGCGAUUCCUUCCUCCCCUUCGCAUCCUGCAAACUAUGUCUCCAACCCGCCCGAACCCCCGUCGUGGGCUGCGCAACCAACGGCGACCUCUUCUGUCGCGAAUGUGCAAUCAACGACCUGCUCGCCCAGCGCCAGGAAAUCAAGCGCCUUGAGCGCGAGCGCGAAGAUGCCAAGAAGCGCAUCGCCGAGGACGACAAGCUAGCGCUGGAGGAGGCGAAGAAGAAAGAAUUGGCGGAUUUCGAACUUGUUUCCAUGGGACUGGAGGCUGGGAAGAAGUCCGGGACGAAGCGCAAGGCGGAAGCUGAGAUUGAGGCUGUUGCGGCGUUUAAGGCGCGGGAGGUGGUUGUUGAUGGGAAGCGGAAGAAGGUUUUCGAGCUUGAUGAGGAGGAAAUGAAGAAGGUUUCUAGGGAGGAGCAGGAGAGGUUGAAGAAUGAGCUUAAGAAGGAGAAGGUUGAGUCUAGCAAGUCGGCGCUGCCGUCUUUUUGGGUUCCGUCCUUGACACCGAAUACGGAUGCGGAUGAGAUUGCUGCGAACAAGACUGUGAAAUUGGCGCCUAUUUGUCCCGGUUCUUCCGAUACCAAUCGGCAUACCUACUCGCUCAAGGGUCUGGUCGAAGUGAACUUUACAGAGGAAAAAGGAUCGGAUGGAUCUACGGCAAGGAUCUGCCCGAGUUGCAAGAAGAACCUUAGCAAUGGACUCAAAGCUAUGCUUACUAAACCAUGCGGCCAUGUCAUUUGUUCGCCUUGUGUUACGAAGUUUAUGACCCCACAGGACACACCCGAUCCUCAUGCUUCGAAGGAAGAACAGGAAUCUCACCGCCGAGUAUUAUGUUAUGUUUGCGAAACAGAUCUCUCGUCAGGGUCCAGUCUGGACAAAGCAGAUGGAAAGAAAAAGUCCAAGAAGAAGGAUAAGGAAGGCAUUAGGCCCGGUCUAGUGGAGAUCAGUUCCGAAGGAACAGGCUUCGCAGGCGGCGGCGGAAACGUGGCUACGAAGAAGGGGGUCGCAUUCCAAUGUUGA